CCUGAGGGAUUGCAUCGAAUCAGAAACAAAGCCACGCCAAAAAAACAUCUUUGAGAAGACGUACCCGGUGCCAGCAAGCAAGUGCCAUCUCCGCUGCUUCCGGAAGGUGCCAUGUUGGCGUAAUCGAAUCCGCCUCCGCCCAUCAUGCUUCCUCCCAUGGUAGGAGCACCUGCGGCAGGCCCAGAUCCACCACAGGAAUCUGCAGCCUCCCAAGAUCCGCCGACGAACGUCUCGCAGGCCAUUUUGUUGCCUCCGCAAUCCGAAGCUCCAGAAAUCAUCAUGGAAGUGGCCUCGAUCAUUACAGUAGCUUCUUCGCUGCCGGCUGCCGCGGCGGAUUCGCUGACACAAAAUCCGGCGAGUUCGGUGGCAGUGGGACAUCCUUCUCCCGGAGAGAGGGCGCUAUCGGCUUCCGAGGAACAGCGCUCGGCCAUGUUGUCCUCGGUCCAUCCCUCCCCGCGGAAUUCCAUGCAAGUGGGUCCCGACCACGGGUUGGUGAAAGAGCAGCUCCCCUUCGCACUUGCUCCAGAAGCUUGCAACACACGGCUUCGGUGCGGUGGCUGGGGUUGCUUCAACAACGAGGCAUCGACGGAUUUGGGGUUGGUCAGGCCGAGGUCGAUGGCGGCCUUGUGGGCACCCUUGGCGAGCCAUUCCUUCGCGUACGGGCAGCGGAACUGCGAGGAAAACUUGGCGAGGGUCGGGUGCAUGGGGGGGUGGUUUGGCGGCAGACCGCUGUUGAGGCCAGCGGAAGGCGAUUCUUCCGACGCCAAAGCCGGGGUGCAAGAUGCGGCGGCAAGGGCCAACGCCAAGCUCUGCGUAGAAAAUUUCAUUUUGCUGGGUAGAUUCUUUUGUCACGUGUUUGAUAAUAUAAAAGUGUCGAUUCGGUAUUGUUGCUUUUUUCACUCUUUUAUCUGAUUUUUUGUAUCCUCUGACUGUGCCGCGACGAAACAAGCGUCCUCUCUCGAAGUCUAUUUAAAGGUGACGUUUAAUAGGUGUGACAGGAGAUGUGAAUCGUGCUCUUUCGAAGUUGGAAAACAUAAGCGGGAAGACAAUACUUGGGUACGAAGUACCGUACUACUUCGGUGUGCAAUAGCACCUCCGCAGGAUAGUUGGACUCGUGCACAAACUACUAAACGUCAGACGAACCAGAUAAAACUCGGUUUUUAAA